GUGAACCCUUCCGCCGACCGCCGCUGCCGUGGAGUCUGGAUAAGAGCUGUCAGCAGAGCUUUUUAGCUGGAUUGAGGCUACCAAGUGACAGUGAUCGUGAACCACCGUUUUAGAGGAGUGGCACCAAAAGGCCUGUUGUUACAUUGAGUGCUUUACAGGACAAGUAACACUCCCUGCUUCCUCAGCUGCCUAAAAAUCAAGCCAUAGGUAUUGAGCUUCUAUCUGAAUACGGGAGGAAAAAUGCCAGCUUCUCUAAGAAAACUGCAGCAAAUGGCUGUUUUCAUGGGACUGUUCAGUGGCGGGGGAUGCAUCGUGAUGUAUAAUCUUAUGCAAAAAAGUUUUGCCAGGACCCAGUAUUACCAGCAGGCUUUGGAGCAACUGAACAGCAAUCCUGAUGCCCUGGAAGCCCUGGGUGCCCCACCUCUUAAGGUUCACAACAUCCAACUGACAGAUGGGAGUAAUCGCGUGGACACCGAAAGAGCACAGAUAAAGUUACCGGUAUCUGGAACAAAAUCAGCAGGGUACCUCUACAUUAACUCAGAGAUGGACCACUCCCGUCAAUGCUGGUGCCUUCAGGAUGUCACCUUGAAACUGCAGGAUGGUCAGAAUAUUCCUGUUUACCACUCCCCGGUGGAAAGCAUUGGUGUACAAGAAGGCUAAAAAAAAAAAUAAAAAAAAAUCAAAGGCAGCUGCUUCUCCACCUCCCAUUGAGCCAAAGGAGCCGUUAAUCGAUUGCAUCCCGCUGUGUCUGUGAAUGUACACAGUUUUCACAAGUGACAAUUUCACUUAAGUGGGUGCUCUCAAGACAAUUUUCUCUCUAAGAUUGACCUCAUCAUUGUCAUAAUUGUAAUUUCUGUCUUUUGCUGGUUUAUUCAUGUGUUCAGCAGAAGCCUAAAAUAAAUAUCUUGCAAAAGACUUGCUGUU